AUGGAUAAAAUCCGGUACUUGGCUCCGGAUGGUAAAGAGCGUGAUUGGGAAAUGACAUCACGAAAGACUCGCCUUGAAGGAGCGCUGGUAGAUGGAGUUGGAAUUUUGGCCAUUCUCAAGUCAGGCUCUGAGCCUCAGGUGUUGCUUCAGAAACAGUUCAGGCCUCCCGUUGAGGGUAUUUGCAUCGAAAUUCCGGCCGGGCUAAUUGAUCCUGCUGAGUCAAUUACUGAAUGCGCUUUGAGGGAACUCAAGGAGGAAACGGGUUACAAAGGGUCGGUGGUGGAACAAUCGGGUGUGAUGUUCAAUGACCCAGGCUUCACUAACACGAACAUGUCGAUGGUAAUAGUAAACAUUGACCUGGAAGACCCUGAGAAUCAGAACCCAGUCCCAGAACUCGAGGAAAACGAGUUCAUCGAAACUUUUGCAGUUCCCUUGGCUACACUUGACACUGAGUUGGCAGAACUGGAAAAGGCUGGCUACCGGGUGGAUGCCAGGUUAUUCAAUGUGGCCAUUGGGCUGAAAAUUGCUCGCGAAUUCAAGCUAUUCUGA